CAAAAAUGGCUUGGGUCAAUCAAGGAAUGCAAGCGUUAAUUCCGCUAAUUAAUAGAAUUCAGGAUGCUUUCUCUCAACUCGGUACUACACUUAAUUUUGACUUACCCCAGAUAGCCGUCGUUGGAGGGCAGAGUGCUGGCAAAUCUUCAGUUUUGGAAAAUUUUGUUGGAAAAGAUUUUUUGCCUCGUGGUAGUGGAAUAGUGACUAGAAGACCUUUAAUUUUACAAUUAAUUAAUGACCCUAGAGCUGAAUAUGCCGAGUUUCUUCACAAAAAAGGACAUAAAUUUGUUGAUUUUGAUUUGGUUCGGAAAGAAAUUGAAGAUGAAACUGACCGUGUUACUGGUGCGAAUAAAGGAAUUUCACAAAUUCCGAUUAAUUUGCGUGUCUUCAGUCCGCAUGUUCUUAAUUUGACAUUGAUUGACUUACCUGGACUUACCAAAGUACCUGUUGGUGACCAGCCAGUUGAUAUUGAACAUCAAAUUCGAGACAUGAUAUUAACAUAUAUAACUAGAGAGACUUGCCUUAUUUUGGCUGUAACUCCAGCAAAUAGUGAUUUGGCAACUUCUGAUGCUUUAAAACUUGCUAGGGAAGUUGACCCGCAAGGAUUGAGAACAAUUGGAGUUUUGACUAAAUUGGAUUUGAUGGACGAGGGAACUGAUUCUAGAGAUAUUCUUGAAAAUCGGCUCUUUCCGUUACGAAGAGGCUAUGUUGGAGUAAUUAAUCGAAGUCAAAAAGAUAUUGUUGGACGAAAAGAUAUUCGUGCAGCUUUGGAUGCUGAACGGAAAUUUUUCUUAUCUCAUGCUUCCUAUCGACAUAUGGCUGAGAGAAUGGGAACCCCAUUUUUACAAAAAACGCUCAAUCAACAAUUAACUAAUCAUAUAAAAGAUACUUUGCCAACAUUAAGAGAUAGUCUUCAGAAAAAGUUAUAUUCAAUGGAAAAAGAAGUACAAGAAUAUAAACAAUUUCAAUUUAAUGACCCUUCGAGAAAAACUAAAGCUUUGAUGCAAAUGGUGCAACAAUUCACUGCUGAUAUGGAGCGUUCAAUUGAAGGUUCUUCAGCGCGCUUAGUUAGUACAAACGAACUUUCUGGUGGUGCACGUAUCAAUCGUCUUUUCCAUGAGCGUUUUCCUUUUGAAAUUGUUAAAAUGACAAUUGAUGAGAAAGAAAUGAGACGAGAAAUACAAUUUGCUAUUAGAAAUAUUCAUGGAAUUCGUGUUGGUCUAUUUACACCUGAUAUGGCCUUUGAAGCAAUUGUAAAAAAACAAAUUGAGCGUUUAAAAGAACCUUCACUUAAAUGCGUUGAUUUGGUCGUUAAUGAAUUAGCUAGUGUUGUUAGAGGUUGUGCAGAAUGUGUGAACCGCUAUCCUCGGUUGCGGGACUGUGUUGAACAAAUUGUUACAAAUUAUAUGAGACAACAAGAGGCUUUUGCAAAACAACAGAUUGCAAUGAUAGUUGAUUAUGAGUUGGCCUAUAUGAAUACCAACCAUGAGGACUUUAUUGGAUUUUCAAAUGCCGAAGCUAAAGCCUCUUCAACUAGCACAAAAAAGAAUUUAGGCAAUCAAGUAAUUAGGAAAGGAUGGCUUUCUGUACACAAUAUUAGUUUUGUUCGGGGUUCUCGAGAAUGUUGGUUUGUGUUAACUUCUGAAAGUCUUUCUUGGUUUAAAGAUGACGAGGAAAAAGAAAAGAAAUAUAUGUUGCCUUUGGAUGGAAUUAAAUUGAAGGAUUUGGAGGCUGGUUUCAUGUCUCGACAACACAAAUUUGCGUUGUUCUACCCCGACGGAAAGAACAUCUACAAAGACUACAAAGAAUUGGAAUUGAGUGCCAAAAACUUGGAUGAUGUUGAAGCUUGGAAAGCAUCAUUUUUGAGAGCCGGUGUUUAUCCAGAGAAGGAUCAUCAACCAAUUAGUGACGAAAAUGGUGACACUGUAGAAUCUGCAAGCAGUAUGGACCCAGCAUUGGAACGCCAAGUGGAAACAAUUCGUAAUUUGGUUGACUCUUAUAUGCGAAUUAUUACAAAAACAAUUCGUGAUUUAGUGCCGAAGGCAAUAAUGCAUCUUAUAGUGAAUAGAAUGUCAGAUUUUUUGCGUGAUGAAUUACUUGCUGGGCUUUACCAACAUGGAGGGGACACGGAUCAAUUAAUGGAGGAAUCUCCAAUAGAAGCACAAAAACGAGAAGAAAUUCUUCGAAUGUAUCACUCUUGUAAAGAAGCACUUCGAAUCAUUAAUGAUGUUAAUAUGACCACAAUGUCUACUGAUAUGCCACCACCAGUUAUGAAUGAUUGGCGGAACAAUUCUUCUCCAGUCCCCCGCCCGGCACCUGCACCGCCAGGAAAUCAAAUCCCAGCUAAUCGACCCGCUCCAAUGCCUCCAAUGGGUGUAGCUCGACCAAUGGGUGCUGUUGGAGGACCGGGUGUUGUUGGGGGUCCACCAAUGCCUAUUCAAAAUCGACCACUCCCUGGACCUCCUGGACAAGCGCCAAUGCCUCCGAUGCGGCCAAGUCACAGUGGCCCCCAUCUUUGAAAGAGAGGUAGGGGACUUGUGAGUGCUGUCCUUUUUUGUGUUUAAAAUUUUUGUCGUUGGUGUUUGGUUGAUAAACAUUUUUAGAAUUAUAAUAAAUUUUGUCUUGAAGAAUAUUCAAAAAAUAAUUUUCUUCUUUUUUCCAGACAUGCAAAUAACAUGGAUAGACCACGCAUUCCAGAACGACCUCAAAUCC